AUGGGUGCUAACGACAGCACGGAGAGCCGCAAGCGCAGUCGUGCCACACCGGCGAAACCAGACCACAGUAUCCCAUCGAGCUUCAAGAAACGGAAGCUAGACGCCAACGGCAACCCGAUUGUCGCUUCUUCUCCGACGACACCCAAAAGUACUCCAGGGGUCAAUUCAUCCGCUCUGAAGAAGUCCGCUCGCAGUAAAAUCACAUCCUCGCCCGUCUCGGCAUAUGACGUGCCAGACUCCCCCGAGGACAACCCGCCACGUCGAAUCCGCAAUGUAAGAAGCGUUGACCGACCGACUGCCAAAGUUCCGAUCCCGCCUCGCCGCAAUGUCGACGUUGAUAUUUACGAUAUUCCCUGCUCCGACGAUGAGCUGCAUUCGAGCCCGAAGGAGGUGAACUCGCAAAAAGCGAGCCCUACGAAGAGAAAGAGCAACGCCGCGGCCGGCCACGAUGUAAAUGAGGUCAAUGGAGGGGAGACCAUCGAGAAGCCACAGCCUCAAAAGGGCAAGAUCAAUAAGGUGCUGGGAAAGGACGAGAAGGUUGCUUCGACAGAGGAGUCUUCCUCGCAGAUACGAUCAAGCGGACGCCGGAGAACUCUGACAGCGAAAGCCCUCGAGCAUGUGGAAAAGGUUGCGAGUCGCUCUGCGACUCCGACUUCUCACGCGAGAUCUUCUGCCACUGCGAAUGAAGUGCCGGAGUCCAAAAAGGCUACAGGGAAGGCGAACCGCAACAUAUCUAUGCCUCUGAAAGGUAUCUUGACACCGUCCAAGCGGGACGGUACGCCGAGAAGGAGUAAGAGCGUAGCGUUCGAUUCUGCUAGUGCUUUGGCUCAAGAGGAGGUGUUUUUCGAGGAUCUUCCGACAAAAUCUGGGAGAAGCCGAAAACCAUCACAAAAGGUGGUUGAAGCAAAAGUAGUAGUGGCGAAGACCGCGAAGUCACGAAAGGCGCCGCCCAAGGUGAUUGAUGAGGAGUCACAGGAGGAAGAAGAUGUGCAGUCAGAGGUCGAAGAACAGCAAGAUGAAGAACCGGUAGCAGAAGCGUCAAAGCAGGAGGAAGAGGAAGACGAGGACGUUUGUUCGAUAUGCACGAAGCCCGAUUCCAAGCCUGGGAACAGAAUUUUGUUCUGUGAUGGCUGCGAUAAGGCGUUCCAUCAAAAAUGCUACAACGUGCCCAAGGUUCCCCGGGGAGACUGGUUCUGCAACGAUUGCGUUGGGCAGAAGCAGUCGCGAGCAGUGGCAGCAGACGAGGCGGUGAAGACUCCCAAUUUCGCAAAACACCUGAGCAAUCUGCAAAGGGUGCUACUAGACCGGUGUACGGGUCGCCGACGAAUCAAGCUGAUUGACCAGGAUGACGCCUACGAAAAGGCGCAUCGGCUGGUAGAGCAGACGGUACUGGCUGGGGAGGGCAACUCCAUGCUCGUAAUAGGGGCAAGGGGUUGCGGCAAGACCACGCUCCUCGAGAGCAUAGUCGACGACCUGUCUUUGCAGCACAAGAAGGAAUUCCAUGUUGUAAGACUAAGCGGGUUCAUUCACACCGACGACAAGCUGGCCCUGAAAGAGAUUUGGCGGCAGUUAGGCAAAGAGAUGGAGGCGGAGGACGAGGCCAAUGCUCGGUCAAAUUACGCCGACACAAUGGCCUCGCUGCUUGCGCUGCUAUCUCACCCGUCGGAAAUGGCACAGGCGGAAGAGGGCGUGACGUCGCAAGCGGUCGUCUUCAUCAUUGAUGAGUUUGACAUGUUUGCAGCGCAUCCCCGGCAAACGCUGCUCUACAACCUAUUUGAUAUUGCACAGGCGCGUAAAGCCCCUAUCGCGGUGCUGGGCUGUACGACACGCAUGGACGUAGUAGAAUCUCUGGAAAAGCGCGUGAAGAGUCGUUUCAGCCACCGUUAUGUCUACCUGUCCCUCCCAAAAAGCUUGCCGGCAUACUGGAAAGUAUGCAAGCAGGGCCUUUGCGUCGAUGACGAGGACAUGGACUUCGAGGGCAUCGAUGUCAGUGUUGAUGGACACGAAGCUUUCCACGCAAAUUGGAAGGCUAUGGUUGAGGUUCUAUACAAAGAAAAGGCAUUCCAAAGUCUAUUGCAAUACCACUACGCAACGACAAAAUCCGUCUCGGCAUUCCUGUCAGCGUGCAUCCUUCCCCUCUCCGCGCUCUCGUCUACAUCUCUAGAUCUCGUCAUUCCGCCAACGCCCAGCGGCCCGGUCGUCUCUCUCUCGCCACCAAACUCCAAGCUUCACCUUUUGUCGUCGCUCUCAGAGCUGGACCUGGGCCUCCUCAUCGCAGCAGCGCGACUGGACAUUGUGGCACAUACAGACACGGUCAACUUUGCAAUGGUGUACGACGAGUACGGCUCACUGAUGGGUCGGCAGCGGGUGCAGUCGGCCAGCUCGGGACUGCUGGCCCUGGGCGGCGGCGUGCGGGUGUGGGGCCGCGGUGUGGCUGUUCUCUCAUGGGAGAGGCUCGUUGCCCUGGGGCUGCUGGUGCCGGCGGGUCUCGGGACGGGUCGGGCUUCGGGGUACGGCGGGCUGGAGGGGAAGAUGUGGAAGGUGGAUAUGGCGCCCGAGGAGAUUCCCGUGGGGUUGAAGUUGAACAACGUGUUGGCGCGGUGGUGUAAGGAGAUUUGA